AUGUCCGUCGCCGCGCCAGUCGCCAAUGUUCUCCCCGAGAAGAAGCCAGUCAAGUUCAGCAAUCUGCUCUUGGGAGCUGGCUUGAACUUGUUCGAGGUCACCACGCUGGGGCAGCCGCUGGAGGUCAUCAAGACCACCAUGGCUGCCAAUCGAGGUGAUAGCUUUGCAGGCGCCCUGACGAGAAUCUGGGGUAGAGGUGGAGUUCUUGGCUUCUACCAGGGUCUCAUUCCAUGGGCCUGGAUCGAAGCCUCGACCAAAGGCGCCGUCCUCCUCUUCGUGGCAUCCGAAGCCGAAUACUACGCCCGAACUUUCGGAGCUGGUGACUUCACCGCCGGUAUCUCAGGAGGUGUCACAGGUGGUGUCGCACAAGCCUAUGCCACGAUGGGCUUCUGCACCUGCAUGAAGACUGUCGAGAUGACCAAGUCGAAGCUCGCCGCGGCCGGAGUUAAGCCUCCCGGUACCUUCGCAACCUUCAUGGACAUCUACCGCAAGGAGGGCAUCAAGGGCAUCAACAAGGGCGUCAACGCCGUGGCCAUCAGACAGAUGACCAACUGGGGAUCGCGUUUCGGUCUUUCUCGGUUGGCCGAGCAGGGCAUUAGAAGGGUCACUGGUAAGAAGGAGGGAGCGAAGCUGAGCGCUUGGGAAAAGAUCCUGGCCUCUGGCUUGGGUGGUGGUCUUAGUGCUUGGAAUCAGCCUAUCGAGGUCAUCCGCGUCGAGAUGCAGAGCAAGACGAUAGAUCCUAAUCGGCCGGCUAAGAUGACCGUUGGGAAUACUUUGCAGUACAUCUACUCGCAAAAUGGGGUUAAGGGUUUGUAUCGUGGCGUUGUUCCUCGUAUUGGGUUGGGCGUUUGGCAGACUAUCUGCAUGGUUGCUAUGGGUGAUAUGGCCAAGACUUAUGUUGAGAAGAUCACUGGAGAUCAGGUCACGGCUAAGCAUUAG